GUUUCCGUUUCACAAUUACUUUCAGAGAUGAAAAACAUGGAAUUCUAUUAUGAAAAGCAUAACCCGGAAGUAUGAGUCGGGUUGGUGUUUGAAGUGGGCGCUCGUGCCGAGGGAAAGUUGUGUUUGUCAGGAAGUCCUCACGCCGGCUUCCGCAGCCACUCGCUACCGCUUAACUAUUCCCUCUUUCCGGGACACGAAGACGCCCCGCCAUGUCCGGACACGGCCGCGGACACCACCACCACGGUUGCGGCUGCGAAGGCUCCCAUGAGCCCGCCGAAAGGGGCAUCGAGUACGGACUGUACCGACGCAUCGACCUGGACAAGGUGCAGUGUCUGAACGAGAGCAGGGACGGCGACGGCAAGCUGGUGUUCAAGCCGUGGGACCAGCGGAACGACCGGGACAAGUAUGUGGAGAGUGACGCGGAUGAGGAGCUGCUGUUCAAUAUCCCUUUCACAGGAAGCGUCAAGCUGAAAGGCAUCAUCAUCUCGGGAGAAGACGACGAUUCUCACCCGGCCGAGAUCCGGCUGUACAAGAACAUCCCUCAGAUGUCUUUUGACGACACGGGCCGGGAACCGGAGCAAGCCUUCAGACUCAACCGAGACCCCAGCGCCCAGCUGGAGUACCCGACAAAGAUCGCCCGGUUUUCCAACGUCCAGCACCUCUCCAUCCAUAUCUCCAAGAACUUUGGAGACCGGAGCACCCGGGUCUACUACAUCGGGCUCAGAGGGGAAUACUCCGAGGCCCACAGACACCAAGUGACCAUCUGCAACUACGAGGCGGCGGCCAACCCUGCCGACCACAAAGUGGAGAGCAUGAUCCCUCAAAGCAACUUCAUUUCCUGACGCGAUGACCGGGACGUCGGAGGCCGUCACCGAGGAGCUUGGCGACGCAUUUCUUUUUCUUUGCCUGCGUGUGAGGAGGCCACGCUCGACGGCACUUCCCCUCUAGUUGAUGUUGUGGCGGAGACCCGUCGGCGCUCGCUGGUAACCUGCUGGUAGCGGCUGCUAAAAUAAAACACGUUGAUCAGAGCGCCCGUGCAGGUCAAGUAUGACAGGAAGAGAAAGACCCAAACGCACCGCCUCGUCGUCUUCCAUGAGCCUCAUGAAAGAUGAGUUGCGUUCAAAGACAUUUAGGAGGAAGUGGCAUGUUGUUCCAAACAUACUUGAAGUAUUUGAGUGAUAUGAAUAUCCACUUGUUGUCUUUGUGUGUAUUUACCAGGCAGAAUAAAGAGGGUGUCCGUGAAGGCAUCUCCAGUGACAAAGAGGACAUGUGCUUCCUUUGGUCUUUGUGAGUGGGGCGCGC